AUGUCUGUUCGUUUCUGGCUGGCCAUUUGUGCCUCCUCCUACCUGGUUUGCAUGGUCAUCAACUUCGAGCAGGACGCGGUGCUUAGUGGUGAGGCUUUGCGGAUGGUGGUGUUGCCUCACAAAACGAAGUGUCAAGAGGUUGUUCGUCUGCGCGCCGAAUUAUUUAUUCGCGAAACCUUUUCCAUCGUCCAUCAAGCUCAUACAAAACUACAUCGACCAAAACCAUAUCCUUUUGAAACACUUACACGCAUCAACAACAUGGUGAGACACUCCUCGCAGAGGGUCUUCCGAGGCGAGGCCUGCCGCUGCGAUGAGAGAGGUAAUCUUGACAUGAAAAAUGACUAUUUCCCUCUGGUCCAACGAAUUGAGGAGGCCACCGACCUGAUGUCUAGCAAGGUAGACAACUUACGUAAGUAUGGUCGAUUUGACGAACCGAACGGAGUUGAAGACAAGGUAUCCGGAGACCAGCUUUGGGACGAAUUUAUGGCUCUUCAAGCAACCAUCUGGGGGGAAGAGUCGGACGAAUCGAGCCUGCGAUAUCUCCGUGCACAACAUGUCAAGGAAUACCGAAGAAAGUGGGGAGCCCCCGAUUUUCGAGCUGGUGCUGGUCAGUACAAUAAGUUGUUGAGACUUUAUCCCGAGCACAGCAGCGAGCUUAACCCUGACUUGGUAAAGCAUCAAGUGAUCGAGACUGCUUUGGAAUGUUUCGGUGUUGCAGUCAUUCUCUGUCAGACAAUUGUGCUGGAUGUGAUCAUAGCUGAAGACCCCAGACAGACCAGGACUUACACCUUUGAGGGGGAGCAGGGCGAUGGCACACUUAUGCAAGGUUUUGACUAUGGCUGUGAGGACCGUAUAGGCAUCGCCGCUUAG